UCAGCGGUCCCGCCUCCUGGGGCCCGUCGCCCGUCGCCCGUCGCCCUGCCUGGGCCCAGGGGAAUCAGCCCUCAAUCAUUAGCCCCGCCCCCGAUUCGCUGACAGCACGGGGCGCGUUGGAUGCCGUGCGGGUGAUUUUUCGGUCUCGGUUGCUUACGGGUUAAUGUGAGUGUUGGUGCCGCAGGGCAGAAGUUGGGCCCAGCUCAGGGCCAGGACGAGGCCGGAGAUCGAAGUCCGAGCAGUUCGGAGCCGGAGCCAGGCGGUGGCCGGGAGGGUCGAGCUUUCCUGCGGCAGCGACGCUAUGAGCGAACGACAGAGCAACCAAGAUGAGGGCCUGCAGGGUUCUUGGGUGGAAUUACACUAUAGUAAUAGCAUGCAAAAUGGAGGACAGGAGCAGGUUCCAGCUUCUAGUUCCAUCCUCAAUGGAGAAAUGGAAAGAAUACUUCUAGAUGCUCAACAUGAAUCUGGUCGGACCAGCUCCAGAGGUAGUUCCCAUUGCGACAGCCCUCCACGUUCCCUGACUCCACAUCAGCCACGCUGUGGUUCAGAGAUGGAUACACACAGCAUUGGAGAAAAAAACAGCUCACAGUCUGAAGAAGAUUAUCUAGAAAGAAAGAGAGAGGUAGAAAAUAUAAUGAAGAAAAAUGCUGACUGGAUAUGGGAUUGGUCAAGCAGACCCGAGAAUAUCCCUCCAAAGGAAUUCCAGUUCAAACAUCCAAAGCGUUCUGGUACUCUGAGCAUGAGGAAUACUGGUGUCAUGAAAAAGGGAGGUAUUUUCUCGGCUGAAUUCCUGAAAGUUUUCCUGCCAUCACUGCUCAUCUCCCAUGUACUUGCUGUUGGUUUGGGAAUCUAUAUUGGCAGACGCAUAAGUACCCCAUCCAGUGCUGUUUAAGGAUGUUCCACUGAAAGUGUUUUGCGUGUGAUGAAGUAGCAGAUCCUAUGAAGAAUUCUCUGAAAAGCGGCCAUUAACUAUGAUGUAGCUACCGCGUUUCUUAAGUUAUUACAAUACUAAGUACUGUGCUCAUAGUUGAUUAGCCCGAUUCUUCUCCCUGACUAGUUAAACUUUUACCUGUUUAAAGCCAUUCACAAAUGCCAUAGACUCAUUGAUUUCUGUGAAAGCUAAAUUUUAAUUCAUAAACAAAGAUGUGAAACAAGUUGUCUAGUAGUGAAAAUAUGUAAGCUAAAGAAAUUCUUGGAAAACUGAUUUUCCAAUUUUCAGAUUUGUUUACUUAAAGGUAGAUAGAGAGCUUCUUUUCCAUGAUCCACUGACGAAUAAAAAGGAGCCAUUUGUGUGAGAAUUCCACUUACUAUUAGUGGUAACAAGAUUGUGAAAGACCAAGAUUGUGAAUUUGUAGUAUUCAGUUAAAGCAAUGAAAAUAUUGAAAUGCAAGCAACCAAGAUUUGAUCAAGUGGGAAUAUUGUGGUUGAAUGCUGUUUUUUAAACUGAUAUCUUGUAAGAAUUUGAACAGAGUCAGAUCUAUACAAUAGAUCUCAGGAAGUUGACUUGAAUUUUUAAAACCAGGUGUUACAUAUGCAAGCAGCACACAUAAAAGUUGCUAGUGAACGCAGCAGGCCAGGCAGCAUC